AGACAAAAAUAUAAAAAUCUUCUGUAUUACUACCUAUACACAAAAUAAUUCUAGUUAUAAAACCUUUUGUUACCUUUUUUUGUUUUCAAAUAGAAUUGAAUGGAGACAAAUAUGAGAAAGAAAUGGGAUUGAAAGUUGAAAUCCUAAUUGUACAAUUUAAUCUCCGUUAUUCAGUUUAAUUAAAAUUAGUGUGUAGAGGAUUUGUGAAUAAAUCGGCGAGGAAUUGACAGAUCGGCGAUUAAAAAUGCAGUCGAAGGGCGAUGUAGAUAAGCAGAUCUCACAAUUAAUGGAAUGUAAAGCGUUACCGGAAGGGGAGGUGAAGACGUUGUGUGAUCAAGCGAGAGCUAUACUUGUUGAGGAAUGGAAUGUGCAGCCAGUUAAAUGUCCUGUUACUGUUUGUGGUGAUAUACAUGGACAGUUUUAUGAUUUGAUUGAGCUUUUCAAGAUUGGUGGAAAUGCUCCUGAUACUAAUUAUCUCUUCAUGGGUGAUUAUGUUGACCGUGGGUACUAUUCAGUGGAGACCGUCACACUCUUGGUUGCUCUGAAGGUCCGUUAUAGAGAUAGAAUCACAAUUCUUAGGGGAAACCAUGAAAGCAGACAAAUCACUCAGGUGUAUGGUUUUUAUGAUGAAUGCUUGAGGAAGUAUGGAAAUGCCAACGUUUGGAAGUAUUUCACUGAUCUUUUUGAUUAUCUACCACUGACAGCACUAAUUGAGAGUCAGGUAUUCUGUUUACAUGGAGGACUCUCGCCUUCUUUGGAUACACUGGAUAAUAUACGAUCAUUGGACCGUAUACAAGAGGUUCCACAUGAAGGACCAAUGUGCGAUCUCCUUUGGUCUGAUCCAGAUGAUCGGUGUGGUUGGGGAAUAUCACCCCGAGGGGCUGGUUACACCUUUGGACAGGAUAUAGCAUCUCAGUUCAACCACACCAAUGGGCUCUCUCUGAUUUCUCGAGCCCAUCAGCUUGUCAUGGAGGGUUUCAAUUGGUGUCAGGAUAAGAAUGUUGUGACAGUAUUUAGUGCUCCAAACUAUUGUUACCGGUGUGGUAACAUGGCUGCAAUUCUAGAAAUAGGCGAAAACAUGGAGCAGAAUUUCCUUCAGUUUGACCCAGCUCCACGGCAGAUAGAGCCCGACACCACAAGGAAGACUCCUGAUUACUUCUUGUGAUUCCAAUGGUUGCACUAAUUGUUUGUAGCUCAUUGAUGUCGUAUUACUGUAGAUGUGUCUUAAAAAGAGGAGUUCUGUCAUUUGAGGAUUAUUCUCAGCAUCAUUCUUUUGUUUGGAGGUCGUUCUGCUGCUAGCUUUGAAUGUGUAUGUCGGAGGUUCAUCUGAGAGUUGAGAAGAGGCAAUGAAGGUUUGUCAUGUAUAUUGUUUUCUAAAGGGAGCAGCAAUAACAUGGUGCAUUUAUGUUCUAGAAUUUUGAAUUUUGUGCUAGAAGCAGGUAUUUCCCAUCCCAUGUUUUUCGUCAGUGACCGACUAGGUUCAGCUAAAUUCGUGCGUGGUGAUAUUUAUUACAAUAUUUAUGCCAUUUCUAACGGCAUUCCCUUGGA